AUAUAAUGUUUGUCAAUGACACAAGUGGAGCUCGGCUGAACACGGUGGAGGUGCCUUUCUUUCGUUCACGUAACAGAGCAGCAUGUUUCAAUGUUAAAGAUUAGGCCCUAGAUCUAGAAUCUAAUUCAAAGUUACGAUUCAAACUCAGUAAGACUUCAAAAUGGGUCAGAUUGCCUCCAGACUGUCUAAGCCGUUGAGAAACUUCAACAUUGACAACCGAGCUGCAAAGGUCUUAGAAAGAAGAGAGAAGGUCGCAGAGCCGGCCCCAAAACAUGAGACAACUGCUAACAAGAUAUCACAGUUUCGUGCAGAGCACCCAGAAUAUAUGGAAGCUGUUACAACAAAGGAUGAAAGUUUACAUGAGAAACUGAAGAGCGUGUAUAUAGAGUCUACUGGUGCUCCUUCUGUAAUCAGGUCAGCACAGAAACCAUUGCCUCUAUCUCGUGAAACCAAGUUUGAGUCUGACCUUGGUGCAAUGGACAUUGAAUAUGAAGUACCUGAAGGUCGUGCUGAUCUCAAAUCUGUCCUGGAGUUCCUGAGCAAACAUCAGCUGAACCCAGACAUUGCAACCUCAAGCAGCAUUGCCCGGGACUUCAGAUUAGAUGAGGCUGAAGUGCAAAACGUUCUCAGUCACUUUAAAGUUCUUCAGAUUCACAUACCGCAAGAGAUGUACAAGGAGAACAAGAACAUGGCAAAAAUUGUGAAAGAACAGUUAUCAUCUUCGGAAGGACUUGCUUCAAAUUUACGAUUACCGGGAAAAGGCAAUCCUCGGCAAGGGAAACUCCCAUCAGAGGCAGACGUUUUUCCUGACAAAUCUUGACCUGGCACACCGUGAUAGCUUGAACUGUUCUUUUUUUAAAUUGAUGAAAGGUGACAUUUUAAUUAAACAACUGUCAUGAAUGCAG